AUGAGCGAGCAUGUACCACUACGCGGAUCCUGCCAGUGUGGCCGAAACCAAUACCUGAUUCGUCUGCCUGAGAAUGUCUCCGACCAUGCGCACGUCUACUUUGACUCGAGCCAAGACAAUCGGAGAUUUCAUGGCUCACCGCUAACGGCAUGGCUUCGCGUUCCGUUGUCUUGGUACCAAUCUCACACGCAAUCCUACUUCCCCGACGAGACACAUGCAAGUAUCCGGCGCAUCUUCUCCCCGUACCAUGCGCCACAUACCCAGCGUGUCUUCUGCGGAUUCUGCGGCACUCCGCUCACGUACUGGAGCGAGGUGCCCCGGGAUGAGGCGGACUACAUGAGUGUCUCGCUGGGAAGUCUUUUCGGCGAGCAUCAGCGGAAGCUGGAGGAUCUGGACCUCCUUCCUCCGGCUGUGCCUUCCUCUGAUGAAGAGGAGGAGGAGGAUGAUGAUGAAGUCGAGGAAGUGCCGAGAGUUGCUGGGGCAGAGGUCGAGGUUGCAGGAAAGGAGGAUGAGGAGGAGCAAGAAACAUAUGCGGAGCAUGAAUCGGAACAGGAAGCGAAGGUGGUUGCUAUUCCGGCUACAGCGUCGGGUGACCAGCCUACGUCGUCUCGCGUAGUGAUUCCCGCUCUUGCAGAUGGUGGUGGGUCAGGUCUCUCCCGAAGCUACAGGCAAGGCACCUUGGGUGGAAUUCCGUGGUUUGAGGAGAUGAUUGAAGGCAGUCAGUUAGGUCGCUUGAUGAAGAUGAGACGCGGUGUCGGGGUUAGCGAUGACCACUCGACGACGGUGGAGUGGGAGAUUAGCGAGUGGUCAAGCGAUGCGCCAGGAGCGCAUAGGCAAGCAGGCGUUGGUUUGCCCAUUCAGGCCGGCAAGAGAAAACGUGGCGUAUAGAUUAUGAUUUAAGCGGACAAUUCUGUUGGUCUGUAUGAUGGGUGUUGGAAAUGCAUAGUAGGUUCAGUUUGUGGUUAGUUAGCUUGUGAAGGUAAUUGAGUUCUAGUUUAUGUAAGAGCCAGAACAUAAUUAGAGUAGAAAACUGGAGCGGAAGUCAAUGUUGAUAUUACCUGCUGGCAAACUUCUGC